AUGAAGAAUGAGGGGAAAGCCACGUUCAGUUUUGGGAAACCCCGGGCGUCGCUCAUCCUGCCCCGUGAGCAGGCGAGCGGCCAGCCGGAGCCCCCGAUUCGAUGGAUGGCGGUCGACUUCGUUUGCUCCUCGGCCGCCGAGAAGCUGGAUAUAGAUGUUCACGCGUUCGUCUUCACCCACGAAGGGGAAUACAUCGACUGCGUGUUCUACAAGAACCCAGUCCUUGCUGGAAAGGGCAUCCGCCUCCAAGACACCACGCUGUAUUUGGAUCUCCUCACCCUGCCCGGCAGAGCAGGCUUCGUGGUCGUGACUCUCGCCGUCUAUUCGGGUGGUACUUUGUUGGAUCUUCGAGAAUGCUCCACUGAAGUUCGGGCCUACAUUCCGAAGGAUCCCUUGGCAGUGGCCAAGCCGGCUCCUGGGAAGUUCCCGUCGCCAGUGGACCACUGGGAGGCGCUUUUGGCCACGAUGGACAUCACCUCUCAAGUCAUCGGCGCGUUUCCCGAUGCCAAGGGGUUCCUAGACUGCCUUCUCGUCGAGGAGGACGGCAACUGGUUCCUGAAAGCCCUCAUGAGACCCGUCGCGGCAUUCACUCCCCAAGUGUUGAUCGAAUCUGCGCAGAAAGCCGUCCUCAAGUAUCGGUCGACUGUUGAUCACGACGAGGAAACGUUCGCCCUUCCGCUAGGAGAGCUUCUGCAAUCGGCCAAGGAAGGCAAGACGCCUCCGGCGCUGCUCCCCGCCAAGAGCUACGACGACCUCAGUUUGCAGAUGGGCGAGUUCGACCGCUUGAGUGGAGCCAGCGACUCGGAAGUUGCUUCAAGAGACAAAGGGCCAGAGGAGACGUCGUGGUCGGACAACAACGGGAAAGGCGGCAGGGGCGGAGAUAGUGCGAAUGCAGCCGGUCAGCAUCCGUCGUGGGGUGAACCCGGUUACUCCGCGCGCUCGCCUCGGCCCGACGGCGAACAAACGGGGACUGGAGGCUGGCUUCGCCGGGGAGAAGACGCCGGUCUCGCCGAGCGUCGGAGCGUUCUAGAGGCACAGCGCCAGGGCAUGCUGGAUAUCCUCGAGGAGUUCAUGGAACCGUCAGAGAUGGAGGUAGCCUCGACAGAGGGAGAGGAGCAGAAGACGUUUGAGACGCCGAGACACUCCGCCAGAGGAGCCCGAGCUCCGCCGGCGAGGGCCCGUGGAGAAAGGGCCGCGCCUAAAGCGAGUGGCGCUCGCCUUCGCGACUCGCGAGAAAAAGAGGAUAGCGAAAGUCCAGGCUGGAAGCGAGAAGUGGAAGAGCGACUGGGGCGACUGGAGCGCGGCCUCGCAGACGUGACCCGCGCUGUGCAACAGGUGGCCACAGGGACGAAGGAAAUGAAUGUUAAGAUGCAAAAGUGGUUCGCUGUCACAGUGGCGCAGCUGGAAAAAAUCCAGCGAGGAGGCGCAGGCGUCCCCGUCCCCGUGGGCGAAUCGGAGCGAGACGAACCCGCUUCUCUACAGAAUCUGCUGCAAGCGAUGGACCUGGCUGUUCCCACCGCGCGGGAGUCUCAGGAUUCCGUGCGGCAUCAGCUCCGGGAAAUCGACCAGCGCUUGACUCUUGGCGAGCGGAACCAGCAACACAUUUCGCAAACCCUUUCCGAGCUGAAAAUGCAACUCGCGGGAGUGGAACGGCGCCUAGGCAACGGGGUGCUCGGCAGCGCCGGCAACCAGCCGGCGGUCCCGCAAUUGGUGGUGGACGAGCUCGUCGUUGUCGACGACGGAGCGCCCUGGAACCAGCGCGCCGAGGAAGAGGACGGCGAAACGCGAGACGAAGCCACGGCGAAGUCGCAUCGGAAAGGCGCCUCUCGCCGACGGCGUUGCUGCGACUGUCGCUGCGGCUGCUGCACGGGCAAGGGUGGAGCCGCGGCGCGGUCGACCAGAACCCCCUGUGCGUGCUCGACAGGACAGGAAGUGACCGGAGAGCCACUCUGCGCGGAAGGCCGAGAUUUCGUCGACAUGAUGUCGAGGACGCAAACGGUUUUGAAGAACGUCGAAAAGAUUGACCGCUACGGCGAAGAGCUGGGUGAUCUUCUGCGCUGUCUUGCGAGCUGCACGGCUCCUGAUGGGCUAAAGGGUCUGGACCCCAUCGAGCGGAAACUCUAUGCAUUCGCUGGAACACCGAAAACUUUCGAAGCACUUCACACCUUUGAAACUGCUCUGGAUCGAUUGAGAGUGAAAGGCAUAGGUUUGCUCGAUUCUCCUCGGAAGUGUCUGUGA